AUGACCAUCGCCCCCUUCGCCGCCGGCUCCCUCAACCCCCUCAUGGACGGCGCCCUCAUCGGCCUCGUGCUGAUUCAUUCACAUCUUGGAUUCGACUCCGUAAUAACCGACUACGCCCCCAAAUGGCGCGUGCCCAAAUCCCGCAAAGCCCUCAACUACCUGCGCAACCUGGCCUUCGUGAUUGUGGGGUGGGGAUGGUAUGAGUUUGAGACGAACGAUGUCGGUUUAACCGAGGGGAUUAAGAGGGUAUGGAGGGCGUGA